GCGAAGGCGGUGGCUUUCCCCACCCUUUCUGUCCCGUCCCCCCCACCCCCCAAUCCUAUCGCUCCUUCCCUGUCCCUGUUUCCCGCCCGGGGCCACCCGCAACCCCUGGCCCAGCCCCCUCCCCUCCCGCCACUCCUCCUCCCGCCCCCCGCCACGGUCGCCCUGCCCUCCCGAAGGGAGAGAAACGCCGAGGAGCGCCUGUUGCUCUCGCUCCGGCCGCGGGGAGCGAGGGCGCCGCCUCCUCCUCUUCUUCUUCAGACUCCUCCCUCGCUCCGCCGCUAGGGGGUGGCCUAGCCGAGCAGCCCGACCCGGAGGCAGAAGCAGUCGGCCGGAGCAGCGGCGGCGGCGGCGGCACCGCCACCAUGACCCUGGGCUGCAGCAGCGGGAGCAGCCGACCCUGCGGCUUGCUGGCGGCCCCCUCGCCGGAGGAGGAGGAAGAGGACGAGGCGCCGUCCGACGUGGAGGAUGCCGACAUCGACGUGGUGGGGCCCCCUCACGAGCAGGCGAAGUUUAGCGAGGAAGAGGAGGAGGAGGAGGAGGAGGAGGAGGAAGAGGAAGACGAUUUGCGCCUCCUCCCCAAACAGGCGGUGCGGGUCAGGCUGUCCCCAGUCCAGCGAGGCCCGGAGGCCACGCUGGGCGACAAUCACGUCGUUGCAGCGGCUCCGGCAGGGUCGGCUCCGGCGGGGUCAGCGGCUGGCCCGGCGUCCGCCUCGUCCUCGUCCUCGUCAGGCGGCGGCGCUUCAGGAGCCGGCAAAAACCCCUUGGUGAAGCCGCCCUACUCCUACAUCGCCCUCAUCACCAUGGCCAUCUUGCAGAGCCCCAAGAAGCGGCUGACGCUAAGCGAGAUCUGCGAGUUCAUCAGCGGCCGCUUCCCUUACUACCGCGAGAAGUUCCCGGCCUGGCAAAACUCCAUCCGCCACAACCUGUCGCUCAACGACUGUUUCGUCAAGAUCCCCCGCGAGCCGGGCAACCCGGGCAAAGGCAACUACUGGACUCUGGACCCGGAGUCCGCCGAUAUGUUCGACAACGGCUCCUUCCUGCGCCGGAGGAAGCGCUUCAAGAGGCAGCAGCAGCAGCUCCACCCGCAGCCGCCGGAGCUCCUCUUGCGCGCCGCCGCUGCGGACCCGGCGGCUUUCCUGCCGGGUUUCGCCUACGGACCUUAUGGCUACAACUACGGGCUGCAGCUGCAGUUUCCACCAUCACCACCAUCACCACCACCACCCGGCUGCCGCAGGCGGGGGACGGCGGGGACGUUUUCUUUCCAGACUUCAUCCUGCACCCUUCCUGCGCCGCCCGGCCCUGGGGCCACGGCGACCGCCCCGGCGUCCGUCUUCUCCAGUGGGCUCUCCUCUUUCCUGGGCGGCGAUCUAAGUUGCAGGAAAGCUUUCUACCCGGCGGGGCAGCUUAGCCCUACCGCCUCCCUCCUGCAGAGUCUCAAGACGGACCAGGGAGCGGGCAACCGGCCUUCCUUUUCCAUAGACAAUAUCAUUGGAAGCGGUGGCGGCGCGGCCCCUCCGCCUUCCAGUAGCUCCGCGGUCAGCGCAACAGAUUCGCCCUUCCCGGCGGGCCAUGCUGGGAGCCAAGCGCAGGUCCUGGCUAUGUUGUCUCCAGCUCUGACUCCCUUACCGAACCAUUUGAGCCUCACCCACGAAUCACUCCUGCAAUCGGGACAAAACUUUUCCAGUAAACUCACAAACCUCAACAAUUGUCCUUUUUAAAGGCAGCCACAAUGGCCCUUUCCCCAUCAACAUUCCCCCCUCCUAUCUAUCUCCCUCUAUUGUCCUCCCAUUGUGUUUUGAAAGGUAGGAACUUUUUUUGGGGGGGGGGCAUCUUUCAUCUGGAUCGUUUUGUGUGUGUGUGUGUGUGUGUGUGUACGCGCAUGUGCGCGUGCGUGUGUCUAUUUCCUCCGGGCUUGUGAUUUAGCAAAUGGCGGGGUAUGUGAGUAGGGGGGGGGGAAGAAAUUUGUUGAGCCAAAAGACCUAUUUAAAAUUAAGUCUUUCUUAUGAAAUGAUUUCUGGCAGCUUGGGAGAAAAGCAAAA